AUGUCGGAUUCUGCUCCGCUUAAUCCUGCAGGUAUACCUAUCCCGGAAGACGGAGCUAGUAGCCUGAGUAUGUCCUUUGAUGGUAAUGCUCCAGGUGACGAGGCUCCUCCCCGGGACAGUGAACCUCCUUUGACCACCAAUGCCCUGAGGAUACAUGACAUGCGUCUCUUCCAGAGAGGUGCGGUUUCGGAAGCUGCUGCCCCCACAGGAGCACCUAGUAGCCUCAGUACCACCACACCUUGGCAGGUCGUGUCUCCUCAUGAAAGACAAGCUUCAGCUCCAAAUGUAGCUGAAAGAGGUUCACUUCAGACCUUUAAUCCGACAGCACCGAGUUUCUCUAUGCCGAACUCCGCGACGAUGAACAGCUUAAUGAUUGGCGAACAAAGACUCAUGCAGAACCAAGCUAACGUAAGCCAGACGUUCAUUCAGAAUGAUAGAUCACCUCUGAUUGAACAGAUUGCUGAGCAUCGCCAUAACCAGAUCCUUGGUCAGAUCACGAACAGUUUUCAGGAGCAGAUGCUAUCUAUGGGUAGCCAUGUCAUGUCCGGAGUGUCGAAACUAAGAGUUGAACUUGCUCAGGCCGAAACAAGGCUUGGAGAAGAGGAACAGCAAGCCAGAGCCAGAUUCUCAACAGGCCAAACUCAAUUGGAAUCGCAGGCCCUUGAGAUAAACAUGGCUCGCGGUGAAGCUCAUGCCUUGGCUGAAAAAUUGAGAUCUGCAGAAUCGCACGCAGAUUUGUCAUAUGCUAGGCUCCAGGAGCAACUCCACCUAGCGGAAGCUAAGGCCAUGAGCAAUGCUGAUCUCAUGAACUCUGAGCUUGACAGUGUACGCGUUUCUGCUGCCCAGGCAACAAAUGCAGUGCAGGCUUCAUCUGAGGUUGAGAUCAAUCGCCUCUCUGCUGAGGUCCGAGACUUCAGAGUAGUCGUUAGUCAGGAGUCCGAGAAGCGGAAAGCAGCUGAGAGAGAGAACGCUGAGCUCAAAUUGCAGCUCAGCAAGGCAAUUGCCGCUCUUGAGGCUCAUGCCAACGCCUCGAGCUCUGUGCCCACUGUGCCCCCGGGACUUGUUCCGACGAUUCCUAUCAACACGCCUCCGCAGGAUGGCAUGGGACCAAGGUUCCGACGCCCCCCUGACGGUGGUGGCCCAGAUGAUGGGGAUGACGGCGGCAGUGAUGAUGAUGACUCCAGAUUAUCUCCCAAGCAGCUCAAGGCUCUGCUCAAAUCCCUGGCCAGGAGUAGCAAGAAGUCGGGGGAUGACAAGGAUACUGAGGAUGAAGGUAGCAAGAACAAGUCCAAAGAAGCCGAAAAGAUCGUCUUUCCUAAGUUUCCUACACCCGAGCAGCAGAUCCUGUUUCUCUUGCACAAGUACUUUGCUACCAAUGCUUUGCACAAUUCUGUUUAUGAUAUGGAAGACUUGUUGUCAGUCACCAUGACUAACGAGAAUUUGGUGACAUUCAUCAGGCGCCCCUCAGGUGCCUGCCAUGCCAGCACCCCAGAAGGUGCCAUCCGGGCGCCCUCGCACACCCACACCCGGCAGAGGCCGUGGUCCGCGCAGUCCCUCGAGGUCGCUGUGACCGUGGAGACAAAUGCACCUUCCUGCAUACGGGAAAGCCAGGUGCUGCGGCUCCGUCCGGAGGAUUCAAAGGGCAGUAAGAACUCCAAGGGUUCUAAUGGCUCGCGGAAGUCUGGGGGCUCAGGUCGCAAGAAGGGCGGUGGUCAUUCCAUUCCUACUGCGGUUUGCCUUUUAGGAGCAAUGAUGGCAGGCACGGCUCACCAUGCCGAUGCUUACACUCUCCGGAAGGAUGAGUCGUGUUGGCCCUCUCAUUAUUCCGAGUUUACACACCUGGCGCUUGCAGCGGUGUCAUUCGAUGACAGCCCUGACUAUAUCAACUUCCCUCUUAGAGAUGGAGAAUUGAAGUACUCUGUUGAAUACCCCAAACGUACCUUCACAAGUAGCUGGUCUACUGAGGACGUUCCAUCGGGCAACGCACAAUCCACCAGGGAUGCGCUCAUGGCAGCAAGGAUGCUACGCGCAUCUGUGCGGAGCAGUCUCGAUGGUGUGCCUGCAAAGUGCAACUUCUGUUGUGAUACCGAGUUUGGUUGCGACCACUGCAUUCCAAAGGGUCUAAGGGUUACGUGCCCCGCCAAACCAGAUGCAGCGUUAUGUUCUCAUCCCAUGGAAUGGAUAGGGGAUACAGGGAGUGCUCAAGAUCUCAUCUCCGAGCGGGAGCUCGCGGAUCUGGUUCCAUUUGAAUCAGACUGCCCAAUCAACAUCUCUACUGCGAAUGGUCCGGGCUAUGCCAACAGGAACUGCGUGCCCUGCAAGAAGGAUCGCCGCAUCAUCAGGAGCCGUCGCAGUGCGAUCCGCGUCAAAGAUGACCGCGACUCAAAAUAUCUCGUGUUUGGAGCGUUUUCUCAUGGGGGAAUGCAAGGGAUCACAAAACGAUCCAAGUCCUACCCCAAAGUCAUUCAGUAUCUCCUGGGAUAUCUUAGGAAGCAUGGCGUUGAUGGGCCGGUGACGUCCUUAGCUGUGAAUUGUAAUUCCGAUGUCAAGAUGCACAAGGAUGUGAACAAUCAUCGUGACCACGACAAUUUCACAAUCUCGCUUGGAGACUUCACAGGCGGGCAGUUGUGGGUUCAUGAUAACUGCAUCGAGAAGAACCAACGUGACACUGAGGUGAUGACCUCUCCUUCGGGAGAUUCAAUGGUAGGGAAGUUGUGGGAUUCAAGAGAGAAUGUUGUGACGUUCAAUCCCAAAUCCUAUCAUUGCGUCACUCCCUGGAAAGGUGAGAGGUGGAGCAUCACGGCCUAUGUCAACCGAGCUAUCCAUAAACUUAGCCCAGAUGAGAUUACCAAAUUGAAAGAGUAUGGGUUCCUUGUUCCGCGGAGGAGCGUUGAGGUUCCUGCUGCUCCUGUCGAGAUUGAUGAAGAGAUGACACUACAUGAUCUAGCAAUGAUGGACUUGCCCAAGAGCUCUCCAGAUCGUGAGGAAGCCUCGUACCUGCUGAACCGAGCGAUUCGCCUCCUCAUCCUGAAGGACGAGUGCAUUGCCGCGUUGCAGCAUUUUGUUUCCUCCUCUGACGAGGCCUAUCAGUUUCAUGUUCCCAACGGAGAGUUUGUUUUUCCCAUGCGUGAAAGGUACGAAAAGGUCCAGCAAGGUCUUGCUACUGAUGCUUUAGAAGGCCCAGUGUCACAAUCGCUGACGAACCAAGAUGCCGAGCCUGCUCUUGAGCAGGACUCCGUUGACGCCGACCGGAAGGAUGAACCCUCGUUGGUCAUUGAUCCAAAGAGUGGGAAAAUGAUUCCCAUUCCGGAAGGGGGUGGUUACUACGACUCGGGGGGUACCCUGGGACGUAGAUAUGGCGGGACCAGAGGUUCCAGAAAGCCAGAUAGUAUUCCAUCUGAUCUUUGGGUUCGGUUGUCUAAGAAGCAGAAAGACAAAGCGAUUGAAGACGAAGUCCGGGAGAAUGCUCUCAGAGAACUCGAGUCUGGUGGUGGUGGUUCAUCAGGCAGCAGCGGCAAGCCUGCCGCAGUGGCGAAUGCUUCCAAGGAUGAAUGGGUCAUCCGGGGGGACAAGUUGAUCAGGUUCCAUUACAUUCCCAGAAAGGAGUUGUUUUCGCCUGACCUCACCGAUUGCCCUGUUCCAAUUGCCUCUCUCGGAAGGGAUAGAGUCACCAAGAUCAUGCCGCUAGGCGGUACAGAGAUUAUCCCCGACGCAGAUGAAUGGCGCAACGUAAGGAGGCGUAAUAAGAAGUUGUCAUACAAAUGGAUUGGUAGAACCGAGUUUAGUGUAAUUGCACGUCCCGAUUCUUCUGGUCAAGCAACUGUUGGGUCCCAGGACUUCCCAUGCAUGCCUACUGUUCCAACUGCUGAAGAUCCGCAUAGAACCAAAGUUGCCCGCGCAUUCCCUGAAACGUUUCAGGAAAUCACUGAGGCCAUUGCCAUGGUUGCUAGGCCAGUGGGCAAAAAGGAACUCAUGACGGAUUCAGACGCUCAAGCGUCAUUGGAUAUGGAAUGGGAUAAACUCAUCAAGAAGAAGGCCUGGGAUAUGUCAACUGUCAGAGAGUGGGAUGACGUGUCAAAAGAAGCUGCUAAGAAGGGUAAGAAAGCCCAUGUAGGCAAGAUCUUUGAAAUCUGCGUUGAAAAAGGUAGCGAGCUUCCCAAAGGAAACCCCUUACGGAAGUUCAAGGGUCGAACCGUCUUUCAGGGUAAUAAUGUCAGAGAUGAGAACAACGACACUGCUCUCUUUAGCGAGCUGGGCUCCAGUCCAGCUACCAUGGAGGCAGGGAAGGUUCUCGACGCCUAUGGCCAUGCCCCAAACCAUGGGGUAGAACAAGCAGAUGGCAAACAGGCGUACACUCAGACAACCCUUAAAGGAGCAGACACUUGGGUACGCCUCCCGCGGGAGCGGUGGCCUAAAGAGUGGAUAGGGAAAUAUAAAGAUCCCGUUGUGCGUUUGAGGUUGGCCCUCUACGGGCACCCAGAUAGCGGCGGCUUCUGGGAGCAACAUUGCGAGAAACGACUCAAGGAGGUAGGAUUUGAGCUUGUCUACCCAGCGGCGUGGCCCUCAGUAUUCUUUCACCCGACACUUAGGCUCUUGUUAGCAGUGUACGUGGAUGACUUCAAGAUGGCCGGGCCUAAAGAGAACCUUGCCAAAGGCUGGGAACUCAUUGGCUCCCGCAUCGAUAUGGUCCCAUUCAAACCUCGCGCGGCGGAAGCCCUCGCCCUCGACCUCGGGUCGCACAGGCUCACCGUGGCUGCUCCUCUAGGCAAAGAGGACUCGCCAACCGAGACGUGGGAAGAGCGGAAGGCUCGCAUCGAGGACUUCAAGCUUGCCUUGCAGGACUCUACCCUGGGGGGUUGGAUCGAUGUGCUCUACCGAUAUGCACAGGAGGAGCUUGAGGCGCUGAAUGAGUGGCCGACAAAGCAACGGCUUCGCGUGGAGAAGGCUGUUCGCAAUCUGAGGCUGCUCCUCGCGAGGCAUGAUGUGUGUGGGAUCACCGUUCUCACAGGAGACCAUCAUUCUGAAGUGUUUCCCACAGGACCUGAGUACGGUCUCUGCAUGGAACAGCACGCUGACGCGAUGCUUGCCCUUGGCAUCAACAUUGUCGAUCCGAUCGAAAUGUAUGGCCAUACUAGCAAGCCUGACGACUUCCACGCUGAUGCGUCGGACAGGAACAAACAGGUCAUGGUCCCAUGGCAUUGUUCACUGCUCCGUGGUGUUUUUGUCAAUCAUCAGCUUAUGAAGGUUCGUGAUCAGUUGGUCGCCAACCAAAGGGAUGUGGUGUUUCACAACCACUUUUUGAUGGGGAAGGCGGAACCCUUCUUGACGGUGCCACCUGCGUCGGCGCAGCUCAUCCACAAGCCGAUCGAAGAUCCAAACCCACCUCAGGCGAGGGAGGCUGAAGAGGAGAUCGUCCUUUCUGGCCCACUCCUGGGGGAGAUGGAAGAGCCGAGCAUGAUGCAGGUUCCCGAGGUCCCGAAUGCUCAGGAAGAAAUUUCUGACUUGGACUUUGCUCGCCUUGAUACGAGACCUGGGGCCGGCUGCGUCGUGGAAGGUGCCGAAUCCGCACUCCUCAACGUCAUCACAGAGGACAUCAUCAAGGCCACCUUCGAGGCCGUGAAGGACGCCACCGAAGAGGAGCUCAAGCAGGCCGCCGUUGAGGCACAGGUCGUUAAUCUCGACGACUUUGUGGAGGCGGAAGAGCUCCCGGCGGAAGCCAAGGGAAGGGAGACGUACGUCGCCCAACCGGGCAGGAUCGAGGGAGCCGCUUCCUCGGCCGAUGUCCGGCCCCCGGCUGGUCCCACGGCCGCAAUGGAGGAGUCAGAGGAUGAGGUCGUCAUCAUGGACGCCCCUCUGACGAGUGAGGCCACGAUUCAGAAGCCAUUUACGCCGGCUGCUAAGCCAAAGCCGCCUGCGCUUCCGAGGUGGAUGACGGCCGAUCAGCUCCCGCCUUUGCCAGACGACUACCGCUGGCUGACGCCGGGCGCACGCGUAGCACUCAGCAAGAAGAUCAGUUUCCUGACGCGAGGCUUCGCGGAGAUUCGCGCGCCGCACCUCCAUGUGAAAGCGGCAGAGGAUCACUCCCUUAGAUGGGACGAGUUCUUCGAGAAACUAUCCCAGAUGUGGAGGGGGCUGAGGGUGGAAAACGUGGUAGACGCGUUGCUACACAACGACAAGCUCCGUUUCGAGAUCAAGGUGAACUUUGGUCUCAACAAGCUCGUCGUCUUCCACGCCAUCCGAGCCAUCCAGGGGCAUAAUGCAACCCUCCUCUCUGACGAGACGGACCUCAAUGACACGCAUGCAGCGGUCUACCACUUAGCCGAAUCCUGGUUUCCGACAUUGAAGGAUCGGCCCCCGGUGGGAACUGAGGGAAUCAAAUCGGAGAUGUGGACGGAGAUGAAAGAUUUCCUCGCCGGGCGGGAGCCAGGGCCAAUUUACGAGGAGCAUGUACUCCGGAGGUGGCAGAGCAAGAGCCCCAUGCCGGGAUGCUACAUUGACUUCCUCUGCUCGGAGGCGGAAGACCUCUCGUUCGAUGAGUACAAGCACAUCUGCAACAACAUGCAUUCCCCCUUUCAGAUCGCGGAGGAUGAAAAUAUCACCGUCAACGGGGAGGCCAUCAACGCAGACGACGUUACCUUUCACACAGAGGCAAAGACGGAUGUGACAUACCGAUCGAAGCUUGAGCAUUACGUAAUUCAAGAGUUCGUGGAUUUUCCCACUCUCAGAUGCGGCUCAUGCAAUCGGGACUUCGUCGACGGGAUGAUCAAUUGCCCAUGGUGUUCGGUCCGUAUUUCUGCCGAGAGCGAUAUGGCACACGUCACAGAAACCAAAAGGGCGCGCGAUGAAGCCAGCCGAAGGGGAACGGGGAUUGAUCUCCUCGCUAUCGCCCCCCGGAAGGGGUUGGCCAUGAAUCGACAUCGCGUCCGUCAGGGUCGUGACGAUGAUGACAUCAGUCUCCCGGCGGCAGUCAGAGGAAAGUGUUUGGCCAUGAAGAAGAGUCUCGCAAAGCGGGGUGGAGGUGAUCACUUGCUGGAGCUUCUCGACGAGCCCCUCGAUGCGUACAACUACGUGUCAAAAGGCAUUGACAUCGGAAGUCUCGCCCAGCUUGAGUUGUUUACGCGCCUUCACAAUCCCGCACCCGGAGGGGAUGCGCGUGGUCGCAAAGAGUUUGCAGGGAGCCACAAUGCUGACGCUCGCCUUAGCAUCGCCUGGAUGCCUGGUGACACCGAGAUCGUCUUGAACCGAGCGUUUUUCAUCGCGUUCUCUUCCAGGCUUUACAUCCUUGACGAGGCGGCCAUGCUCAUCUAUGCCACACAGCAGACGUACUUCGGCCAAAGGUUUCCUUUUUCGAUCCUCGGUUUUGAUGGCGAGAUCUACACUCCGGAGCCAGCCUCGGUCACAGAGCUUGCAGCACAGUUGGCAGAAUUCUUCAAAGUCCAACUUGGCUUCGCCGGGACCUACGAUGAUCCGGCACCCACUGAGGUAACCAUGUCAGGGAAUCUUCGCAUCCCGGAAGGGUUUGCCUCUAUGGGCCAGACGCAACUCAAUGAAGUCCUGCGCGAUACCCGCUUCUACGACAGACGUCUUGCCAGGACUGCCUAUGAUCCGGAAUGGGUCAGAGCCUCGAGGGCGAGGAGUGCAGGCUACAUGCGCGCACCUCCUCCUCCCGGAAGGGAUGGUCCAAGGGCAUCUUCAUCAAGACGUUAUGGAAGGGCUUCGGCGUCCCCUGCAAGACAGCACUCGGAGGGAGCCAAUGACCCCACUCGUGACAGGACCCGAUCAUCAUCGGCAUAUGGUGCCAAUCGUGGAAGAUCACCGAGGAGGACUGGUUCCUAUGUAGAGCCAACCAGCAAGGCAACGCCGCCAAGACUGCGCUCCGCCACACCAAGACCUCCAGCUGCGAGACGUCAGUCGAGCCAGCAAGAUCAGCCCGCUGCCUCACGCAGACGCGUUGAGCCAACCAACCCUACCGAGACGGAGGGAGAAUGGCUUCGAGCGCGCCGUGAACGGGUCAAUCAAAUGAUUGAGACCAGGCUGGAUGAGCUUACGCAGCUGCUCGAGAGACCGCUUGGCAUCACCUUUCCCUACGACGUCGAUGGUGAGGAGAUCAACGGGCGGGAGCCACGUCAUCCCAGAUUCAACCGCCUUGAAGCUUAUUACUGGGCAAUGCUUUAUGCACGCGACCAGCACUAUAUCCAGGAAGAGGAGGUCGUGAACUGCAUUCCAUCCUUCGGGCAGCUCAAUCGGGUGGUCGUAUAUGAUUACGAGAACGUGAUCUGGUACCUCAACGGCUGGGAGCACAAAGUCACCGACCCUUUCACAGGUGAAACCACUCGCCGUUACUGA